GAGAAUGAGCGAAGUGAGACCUUACUGACAGCUAUCGAGGAGUUCAAGAGCAACAACCCUGAUUGGCCUCGCAUUCAGUGCAUACUCGUAGAUAAAGAUUUCACUGAAAUCUCAGUCUUGAAGCAGGCAUUUCCCGAUGCGCGAAUACUUUUGUGCCAAUUUCAUGUCGUGAAAUAUCUUGGAGAGGAGGUAGCAAAUUCAGCCUACGGAUUUUCGGUCUGGCAGAAGGAACAACUACGCGAUGUUGUCCGUCUCCUGGUAUAUGCAAGGACGGAGGUCGAAUACGAAAAGCACAUGCGAUAUUUGAAACACUUGACCGAAUUGGGAAUGGGCUUCAAUAACACUUCGAGACCACAAGCUAGCGGGGCUCAUUCAAGCCGGCCGUAG